AUGGAGUUGUUUGAUAGGGAGCUAGGGAUGACUAAUGCCUUACUUGAGUUCAUCUCUGUUUGUACCCCAAAUGCAGGAAAGAUGGACGUGUGGAGGUGGAAGAAGACCAAGAGUGGAGAGCUGUCAACCAAAUCAGUGUAUGAAGUGUUGAUGCAGAAUAGAAAUCUAACGGCUCCAGUUCUACACUCAAAUGCGAUGAUGGCAAAGGUUUGGAGUGCACCGACCCCACACAAGGUGAGAGUGACAGCAUGGCGGUGUCUGAAAAAUCGGCUAGCGACAUACGGCAAUCUUGUAAAGAGGAGAGUGCAGCUGGCGGACGUUGAGGUUUGGUGUAAUGCUUGUGUCGGGAAUGUUGAGACAGCGAAUCACCUUUUCCUAUUAUGCCCGAAAGCUCAACAGGUAUGGAAUGCAAUAGAGUCGUGGAUGGGGAUCAGAACAGCGAGACCGAAGGAAUUGAUGCAACAUUUCAAUAUGUUCAUAAACAGUGGAAGAGGUAGAGAGAGUGAAAAGGCCCUCAAAGCGUUAUGGAUGUGCACGAUUUGGCUAUUGUGGAAACAAAGGAAUGAAAGCAGAUUUGAAGAACAAGUCUGGGAGGUGCAAAGGGCGGUAUCAGAGAUUAAAGGUACUUCUGGUACCUUUUGUUUUUAUGGUUAA